AUGGCGGACCGAGACAAGAGGAAAGCCACCCCGCCGUCCGGCCGCAGCGUCCGGGUGAAGUCCCCGGCCGGCUUCAGGCUGACCCAUGACAUCAGCCUGGACGAGUUUGAAGAUGACGACCUGUCGGAGAUCACGGAGAUCACAGAUGAGUGCGGGAUGAGCCUCAACUGCAACGGCCCGGAUAUAAAGGGCCGUGUGAGGCGAGGAACCAAUAGCAUGUCGGGGAAGGCGGAGCUGGGAGCAGUCGGCCAGCUCCAGGCAGAGAUGCUGCAUUUGGACCUCAUCGACGGUGCUGACGGUUACCGCGGUGACAAAGAGUCCUCCAAGGCGUCCGCCAUCGCACCUCCGCCGGUCACCAAGGACCCCGCAGCACCUGUUACCAUGGAUACUUACCGGCCCAAGAGACCCACGACCCUUAACCUCUUCCCGAUUGUGCCACGCACACAGGACACAUUAAACAACAACUCCUUUGGCAAGAAGUACAGCUGGCAGGAGAAGGUUUCGGGCUCGUCCUCGCCUCUGAAAACAGGUGACCUCACGCCUCCACGCGAGCACAGCUGCCUGAGCGACGAGGACAAGGUGCAGGGCGGCGGAGCGCAGACCAAAGACCGCGGGACCUCCACCGACGCCCCCUGCAGACACAGCCACACCUCGGGACACUCGCACGGCUCCUCCACGGCGGCCGCCACGCGCUCGAAGCUCCAGGAGAAGCCACCAGCACCGCCGCCGCCGCAGAACUACACACCAGCUCCUCUGUACCCUGCAGGGAAGGCGGAUGGCGGCGGGAACCACCGGGAGAGGAUUCGAUACCACACGGAUGUUCACCUGGAGCCCACAGAGGAGAUCUAUCUGACUCCCGUGCAGCGUUCUGCAGACCCUCUGGAACCCCCCAACGUGCAGGACCGGCCGUUCCUCUCGCAGCAGACUGAGCAGGGACGCAUGUCCAUCAGCUCCGACACAGAGGGUCCACCUCCUUAUCAGCCCCUCCCGGACCGGACCAACCCCUCCAUCUUUGAGGAGGACGAGGUCUACGUCCCGCCACCUUCGUAUGCUUCCUGCGUAGAGUCCCUCAUCACACCACCCAGCAUGGCCAUCUCAGCUCGCUCCUCCCUCGCCCUGGACCUCAGCCUGAAGGGGACGGGGGCCGGGGCCAUGCUGAGGGCCGGGUCAUCGGUGGAAUAUGUCGACGCCACGGACGACAGCUACUGCGGGGAGGACGAGGAUGUGGACAGGAUAAUAAUGGACAGAAGGAUGAGGAAGGGGGGAGGAAAGGGAGACGGUGGCGGCAGCAGAGCUGUCCCACCGAGGACUUCCAUGAGCUCGGAGGCCAGCGGUUUAUCGUACGACUCGGUCAAAUACACGCUAGUGGUGGACGAGCACGCUCAGCUGGAGCUCGUCAGUCUCCGGCAGUGUUACCAAGGCUACAGCGACGACAGCGACUCGGCCACCGUCUACGACAACUGCGUCUCGUCCCCCUACGAGUCGGCCAUCGGGGAGGAGUACGAGGAGGAGGACGAGGACGACGAGCAUCGGAUAGGAGGAGUCCGGAGGGAGGCCACGGCCUGCCUCUCUGAAGACUCCACUCCUGAGGCUGACCUGCACUUCUCCAAGAAGUUCCUCAACGUCUUCAUGAACGGCCGCUCUCGCUCCUCCAGUGCAGAGUCAUUUGGAUUAUAUUCCUGUAUCAUAAACGGAGAAGAGAAGGAUCAGAGCCACAGAGCAGUUUACAGGUUCGUCCCCCGACACGACGACGAGCUGGAGCUGGAGGUGGACGACCCGCUGCUGGUGGAGGUCCAGGCCGAGGACUACUGGUAUGAAGGUUACAACAUGCGGACCGGCGCCCGAGGGAUCUUCCCCGCCUACUACGCCAUCGAGGUGACCAAGGACGCCGAGAGCUACAAAGUGAAGACCAGCGAAUGGAUGGACAGAUACCGGCUCAAGUUCCUGGGCUCAGUCCAAGUGCCCUACCACAAAGGAAACGAUGUUCUGUGUGCAGCUAUGCAGAAGAUUGCCACCAACAGAAGGAUGACAGUCAAGCACAAUCCGCCUUCGUCCUGCAUCCUGGAGAUCAGCGUGAAAGGCAUCAAGCUCGAAGUUCAGGAGGAUUACUACGCCUGCGACAGAAGUAACGAGUGCAGUCACUUCUUCCAGCUAAAGAACGUCUCCUUCUGUGGCUAUCACCCCAAAAACAGCAAGUAUUUCGGUUUCAUUACGAAGCACCCAGCGGACCAGAGAUUUGCCUGCCACGUGUUUGUGUCUGAAAACUCCACCAAACCUCUUGCCGAGUCAGUCGGGAAAGCCUUCCAGUUGUACUACAAAGAGUUUGUGGAGUUCUCGUGCCCCACAGAGGACAUCUACCUGGAGUAGCCCUGCCUUUAACCGCAGCCCUGUACAGUACACUGUAUCAUAACAUAAUGUUGCAUGAAGGACAGACAUAUCUAAAUUUAAAAGAAAAAAAAAUAAAUAAAUAAAUGAAUUAACACAUCUGACAAACGAGCAGGAAAAGAAGGAUCAAGUGUUGGAACUGCAGCAGGAAGAGAUGGAAAUGAGCCAAAUGAGGAGUGUCUUAAGAAAAGAAAAUAUGCAAAAUGGCAUCGGUGACGAGGUGGCGACCACAGGCUGCUACAGGAAAGCACAAACAGUAUAUCUCUGCAGCCUUGGCAGCGCUAGUUAGCCUGUAGCAUCAUCUGAGCGGGUGUGACACUGAAAGCCCAGGAGACGUGGCGGACUGCACUGCCUUGUACUUGCACUGGAGAGGAAGAACAGCAGCAGCAGCAGCAGGAGUUUGCUUUGACUUUAAAUAUCGAGAGUCUGAGCAGGAGGGACGUGUAUAUUUACUAAGCAACAUCCUCACACUGAAAACGUACACAAAGUGAAAUAAAAAUCCAUGUAGGAACAGUGAAUUUUAUCCUUUUAGCACACCUCAUAUAAGGGUGUUAUUCACAUUGUUCAAACUACAAAAUCCACCUAAAUCACUGUUUAAAAAAAAACAAAAAAAACGGCAAUAAGCGAUGUUUUCUGCAUUUUUGGGUCCUUUUAGACGUUUGGCACGGGGCGUAUAAACGUCACUGAUGAAGCCCAAACAGGCUGCUGUUGCCAUUGACCAAGAAGCAAGGAAGGGCCAGAAUUUCAUUUUAUUACCAAGAUGAUCAAUAAAAUAGGACAUCAACACUUAUUCUGGAAAUGGUUUAACAACCGAAAAGGGGAAAAUGCCAAAAAAUGAACUGGUUUCAGCUUCUCUGUCAGUGGUUCGCAGUCGGACGGGAAAAAGAUUUCAACAUCCCAAAAAAAACAAAUGCAGGCACUUUCCCAUGCUAUUGGGUAAUCACAAAUUAAAAGUAGUAGCAGACGAGGCGUGGUAGAAUAAAAACUGGGGAUGUGCCAAUCAAGUUUUCUUGCCCCCAGUCUGAUCCGAAUCAUUCAGUGUGUCGUAUCUGCCGAUCCAGUUCCAUUUCCUUGCCAAUACGGUCUUAUUGUUUAACACUAGAGGAGGAGGAGGGAAGGAUCUAUAGCUAGCGACGGGCAUCACGACG